AUGGGUAAUUGCUUGAAUUCUUCUUCAGCUCAAGUAGAUACCACUCUCAGCUCCCAUGCUUCGGGAACCUCAAAAAAUGUGAGUAAAAGUUCGUACUCUGGUCCUUCAAGCCUGACCAUUUCAUCUUACAGUGAGAUGAGCAGUGCCUCAAGUCUUCAAACCCCAAGAUCCGAAGGUGAAAUUCUAUUAUCACCAAGUGUAAAACCCUUCUCAUUCAUCGAAUUAAAGAACGCCACUAGAAACUUCCGCCCAGACAGUGUUCUUGGUGAAGGAGGAUUCGGUUGUGUUUUCAAAGGCUGGAUCGAUGAAUUCACACUUACUGCUUCAAAACCCGGAUCUGGAAUGAUCAUUGCUGUCAAAAAGCUUAAACCAGAGGGUUUUCAAGGACAUAAGGAGUGGCUUACAGAAGUGAAGUAUCUAGGGCAAUUACGUCAUCCAAAUUUGGUUAAACUUGUUGGGUAUUGCUCAGAGGGCGAUAGUAGGCUCUUGGUUUAUGAAUUCAUGCCUAAAGGAAGCUUGGAGAAUCAUCUUUUUAGACGAGGCCCUCAACCACUUCCAUGGGCAACAAGGCUCAAAGUGGCAAUAGGGGCUGCAAGAGGCCUUGCUUUUCUUCAUGAUGCUGAAGAACAAGUUAUAUAUCGUGAUUUCAAGGCUUCUAAUAUCCUACUUGAUGCGGAAUUCAAUGCAAAACUAUCCGAUUUUGGUUUGGCUAAAGCAGGUCCAACUGGUGAUAAGACUCAUGUUUCAACCCAAGUCAUGGGCACUCAAGGGUAUGCAGCACCAGAAUACAUCGCCACAGGAAGAUUAACGGCAAAAAGUGAUGUAUACAGCUUUGGGGUUGUUUUAUUAGAACUAUUAUCUGGAAGACGUGCUCUUGAUAAACAAAAGACUGGUAUAGAACAAGAUCUUGUUGAAUGGGCAAAACCAUAUUUAGGGGACAAAAGAAAGUUAUUUAGGAUUAUGGACACUAAAUUGGAAGGACAAUACCCUCAAAAAGCUGCUUACACUGCUGCAACUCUUGCUUCACAAUGCCUUAACUUAGAGCCUAAAACAAGACCUCGAAUGUCUCAAGUUUUGAGUAGUUUAGAAGAGCUACAAGCCUCAAAAGGUGCUUCAAAAGAUCAUCAUAAAGUUGUGUCUAGUCCGGUUGGGAAAUCACCAAUGAGACAAGUGCCACAUCAUCGCCAAAGUCCACGUAAUUUGACACCCUUGGCAUCUCCACUGCCACAUCAUCGCCAAAGUUUACAAGUAAGAUGAUGUGAAAAGACUAAAUCUUUGUUGUUUGUAUGUAUUGUGUAUAGUAUGUAUUUCUUGAGGUGUUCUUUCUUUCUGUUUUUGUUUUGAUUAAGUGAUGUGUGGAUAAAUGGUGUUUAUGCAUUAAGUAAAAUAGAAACAUCUGUAUAUAGUUUACCAGAUUAAGUAUUGUAUCCAUUAUGUGGAUUAAGCAAAAAAGAAACAGUACGUCUAAUUUUCAUAAGAG